UGCUGCCAGUCGGACGAGGGAACGAGCAGAGGGCCAGUAUGACCAUUUAGAGACCAGUUACAGACCGGUUAGAGACCAGUUAGACGACAGUCGACAGCAAUAGUCUAGUACUAUUAAGUACUAGUAGUAGACCUCCAGUAUGGCUCCCCAGCUCCCCUUGUGUCUCCUCGUGGUGGUCCUGGUCCUGGUGGGUCCUGCCAGUCCUGGACCCUCGAAAGACUUGAACCCGGGUAUGACGGACCAGGACCUGUUCUGGGGCCAGGACCAGUACGACUUCUCAGUGGUCCUCCACGGCUCCGGGCAGGACUGCUUCUGGCACUUCGCCCACAAGGGAGAGACCUUCUACCUCAGCUUCCAGGUCCUCUGGGUGACGGGCGUCGGCCAUGACAGCCAUCUCUCGGUGACGGUGAAUUCUCCCAGCAGUCUGCUCGUGUCCACUGUGGACGACGCCUCCGGUCAGGUGGACUUCAAGACGGAGGAAACGGGUUUCUACCAGAUGUGUUUCAACAACUUCCACAACCGCUUCGGCUCCAUGCAGAUCUCCCUGAGCUUCGGGGUCUCCUACGACGGCGAGGCGCCAGGCGGGACCAAGGAGGAGCAGCAGAAGGAGGAGGAGGAGGAGGCGCGGCAAAAGCUGAACAGCACACUGGCUGUCAUUGAGGCGACGUCGUACCGCGUGGAGAAGCAUGUCUUCCACAUGUUCCGCUUCUACAACUUGGGCCGCAUGCGACGGAGCGCCGACUCCUUCCUGCAGCAGGCGGCCGGCCGCUACGUCACCGGCUGGUCGGCCGCGCAGAGCGUCCUCAUCCUGGGGGCCGGCUACCUGCAGCUCUUCUUCCUCAAGCGACUCUUCAUCAGCAAGUCGGACUCCAACCUGGAAAAAACACGCUGCUGAGACUAACCCCAGCCUAACCCUAACCCCAGUCUAACUCCAGUCUCACCCUAACCCCAGUCUAACCUUAAUCUCACCCUUACCCUAACCCUGGUCUCACCUUAACCACAGUCUAACUCCAACACCAGUCUAUCCCUAACACACUCUAGUUUCACCCUAACCACAGUCUAACCCUAACACUAGUCCAACCCUAACCGUAGUCCAACCCUAACUCUGGUCAAACCCUAACCCUAGUCCAACCCUAACCCUAGUCCAACCCUAACUCUGGUCAAACCCUAACCCUAGUCCAACCCUAACCCUAGUCUAGCCCUAGUCUAACCCUAGUCUGACCCUAACCCUGGUCCAACCCUCCCUCUGUCUAGUCUCUAAUCCCUUGCAGCGGCACAAGUCGAACCCUACCUCUUGAAGCAUCCUGAUGCAGCCCAAGUCCUAGUGACUAACCCUGACUAAGUUAGAGUUUAUUCCUUUAUUUAAUUGACAUUGGGGUGUUCUGUCAUCCUGACCAUGGUUUGUGAAUAAAUUGAGACUGGAUCAACUGGUUUGUGAAUAAAUUGAGAAUGGAUCAACUGGUUUGUGAAUAAAUUGAGAAUGGAUCAACUGGUUUGUGAAUAAAUUGAGACUGGUUUGUGAAUAAAGUGCGAU